AUGCCCAAGCCUUCCGCUAUUGUUCAACGAUUCAAGUUGAACACUCGCACCCAACAACCAGGUGAGACCAUUGCCAUGUUUUUACCUGAGUUGAGGCACCCGACCGAACACUGUGAAUUUGGGGCAACAUUAGAUCAAAUGCUACGUGAUCGGCUUGUGUGUGGUGUCCACGACAUCAGAAUACAGCGUCGUCUACUAGCCGAACUGAAAUUAACCCUGAAGCGAGCCCUCGAUCUGGCUCUCGCAAUUGAGGCCGCGGACAAGGAUGCCUCGGAGAUACAAAAGGAAAACUCUCAGGAAGGGGAUACUCCGCUCAACAAAGUCGAUUUUAAAGUAGAAAAAGGUGGCGAAAUUAAUUGUUAUCGCUGUGGCGGUAAUCACCACCCCAAAAGCUGUCAUUUUAAGGAUGCGAGAUGUUAUGCUUGUGGAAAGCUAGGUCACCUAUCCAGAGUGUGCCAGGCCAAAAAGAAAGGGAGACCACCGCCUCCCAGUAAUAAUGACAAGUCGGAGAUCCCAUUGGAUACUCAUCUCCUAGAGGGAGGAGAGGAGACAAUGGGGAGAGAACAGGAUGUGGGUGCAUAUUCUUUGUUUACCCUUGGCGGUAAACGACCCGCACCAUACAAAGUACAGCUGAGUCUUGGUGGGCAAGCACUAGAAAUGAAAGUUGACACCGGGGGCUUCAUUGUCAGUGAUUAG